AUGGCGCUAAAUCACGUUCAAAACCUUGUGGCUUGGGGUAACUCGAACCGAUACUACCUUGUGAACAAUGCAAACUAUCCAGAGCUAGGGAUGGUAGUUGAUUUGGAAUUACUGUUGAAAACGCUGUAUAUUUGUGAAGAGGAAGUAUGUACAUUACAAAUUCACCAUAAAUCUUACAAGAUUCGUCCCAGGGAGUACUUUGGGCAUCCUACAGAAGAUGAAGCGGACAACUGGCGAAAACGAAUGCGAGACGAUAUCGAAGGAGAGCUUUUGAACCCUGAAGAAUAUGGGCGACACUUUGAAGGAGAUAUUAUUUUGUUUCCUGAGCAAGCAAAAGAGAUCUACGAGAACGCCUUGAAGACGGGCCAAAGACGGGUGAAGCGAAAGUUCAUCGGGUCGGAUCUGCGUCGAUGGGACCCCACACGACCCAUCAUUUACAGUUUCGACGGGUCCCACACAUCCCGAGAGCAGCGAAUCAUCGAAUUGGCCUUGGAACACUGGCACAACAUCACAUGCCUGAACUUUGUCCGUAACGACAAUGCAAACAGUGGAAACCGCAUAGUAUUCACGGAUGUUGAUGGAUGUGCAAGUAAUGUUGGAAGGCACCCCCUCGGAGAAGAACAAUUGGUAUCGCUCGCGCCAGAAUGCAUUCGGCUCGGAGUAAUAGCCCAUGAGGUGGCGCAUGCGCUUGGAUUUUGGCAUGAACAAUCACGACCCGAUCGCGAUCAAUUUGUGAACGUACGUUGGGAAAACAUAGACAAGGAUUCAAAAGGCCAAUUUCUCAAAGAAGAUCCAGAUGAUGUCGAUAAUGCCGGUGUGCCUUACGAUUACGGUAGCAUCAUGCAUUAUAGGAGUAAAGCUUUUUCACGUUACGAUGAUCUCUACACUAUUAGCACUUUCGUGACCGACUAUCAGAAAACCAUUGGUGAGUUGCUGGUCGCAUCUGAAUUUUAUGCAUACUAUGAAGAAAUGAAUGAUCGCCUUACAAAAAUCCAU